CUGGUUGUGUAUCUUCUCCAGGGUAUGGCCUUCUCUCUGGAGGAGCGGCUGCAAUUGGGCAUCCACGGCCUCCUCCCCCCCUGCUUUCUGAGCCAGGACGUGCAGCUGCUUAGGGUCAUCCGCAACUACGAGAUAAAGAAGGACGACCUGGACAGGUAUGUGUUUCUGAUGGGGCUCCAGGACCGCAAUGAGAAGCUCUUCUACAGGGUGCUGGCGUCAGACAUUGAGAGGUUCAUGCCCAUCGUCUACACCCCCACUGUGGGCCUGGCCUGCCAGAUGUAUGGCCUCACCUUUAGGAGACCAAGGUCAGAUUGAAAGACACAUU